AUGAGCGAAUCAGAAUUAUUCCUCACCAAGAGAAGUCGAUCAUCAUUCGAAAGUGAUGAGGAAAGUGAUGACAACAACGAAAGUGGCUAUUCCUCAGACACAGAACCAGAAAUGGACGAGAAUGAUGAAACAAAGCAGCUAGAAGAGGAGUUUUCUAAUUUAGUGGUUGUUUCUCAAAGUGAGUUGGACACUAUGGAACAACGACUUUCUUCAAAUCCGAUGGCUUAUUAUCGUGAAUGGCUUGAUUUGAUCAAGCAAUAUAGAUUCCGAUACUAUGCAAGUUCUAAGAACAUUUCUAAUAAGAAUACGACAGAUCUUCCUCCAGCAUAUUCAUCACUCACCAAUGAAAAAACUUAUAUAAAUGUUUCAGCAUUUGAAAAAUUGAGACAAAUUCGUUGGAACAUGUCAGAUCAGGUUCCUUUGGGGGAAAAGAGGUGGAUUGAAUGGCUUAAAGAAGAAGAAGAAUAUUUGGAGGAGUUGUGUUUUUCUGUUAAUACAAAGAUGAUCAUCGGCUCCGAUAAUUCUUCGAACGCAAAUAUUGAUAACACCAGAAACACCAUUUUAUUAAUUUAUGAGAGAUGUUUGUUGUGGGAGAAUCCUUUAUACAAAAAUAUUGCCGAACAAUACUGUAAUUUUAUUUUGAAAUAUUAUGAAGAGGAUUCAAGGAAUGAGCAAUUUAUCGAAGAUUCAUUUAAUUUUGUUUUUGAAUUAAUUGGAUUUAAACCUUCCAUUUGCGAUUUAUUCUUGGAGUACUUACAGAGAAAAGAAGCCGAUAAGACGUCUGAAAAGCAAAUUUGGAGCCAAAAAAUUCGUAACAUGUACAGAAAGCAGCUCGAAAUUCCGUCUCAGAACGUGUUUAAGGUUUGGAACAGCUAUAUUUCUUGGGAUAAAAACACUAGCGAUGUGGCGACUGCUGAACGCAACAUCCAAGAAAUGAAUGUCAUCAAAGUAAGAUGUAUGAAGGAACUUGAGGAAAGGCUCGGCCUUGAAGCAGAUCUUUCCCAAUCCGAUGAAAACAAUAAGGAAACAAACUAUCUUAAAUAUGUGCAAUUUGAAGAGGCGAAGUACCAAGAAUGUAAAAACUAUUUGAAAACCUUUAAUAACGAUCAAUCUCCGACUAUUGAUAUGAGCUUUCACGAAUUGACUACUGUAUUGCAAAUUCAAAAAGCUAGAAUUGUGGAAUUACUCAAAACAGGUUCAUUCGAAUGUUGGAAGAGCGAACAAAUGUGGCAGAAAUAUUUCUCUUUCUUAGUGUCUGAACGAUCAUAUGGCACAUCCUCUCAAACAAGCCAUUCCAUGAUUAUCAAGAAAUUAAUAUCAGCCUAUACUCAAUUAAGACAGCUGAAGUAUUUAUCAAUAUCUCCAUUUGAAACAUAUAUUUCGAAUUUUAUUGAGGUCGCACCCAACGAUCAGAUAAAUACUAUGGUGCAAGCUUGUGUAACCUCUUUCGUGGCCACCAAGAAUAAUCCUUGGAGCUCCACAUUAUGGAACAAUGUGUUGAUUGGCCUUUCCUAUUUAUUCGAAGCCUUAGAUCUCCAUCCAAAUACUAUCACACAGUUAACAUCGAAGUUUUCAGAGCUGAUGCAAAAUGUAAUGUAUCACAGAGUUCUUGGGGGUUUAAAUUGCUAUGCCAAUGACUUGGUUUACAAAGAUUUUUAUCAAGUCUUCUCCUUCUAUUGUACAGUACUAGCCAGGUUAAACAGAUUCCUGUUCACACAAAGUGUGAUUUAUGCUAAUGGCGGAAUUACUGUGCAAGACUUGCCCAAGUGUCAACAAGAGGUGUUUACGGCAGCUGAGCAAGGAUUCGAAAAUCUCAUUGGAUACAUGAAACAAUAUUUUGUUAAGGAUGAUGCAAAGACCUAUCUGUUGGAAUUACAGUAUACUGAAUUCAUGCUGGAAAAUGAACAGCCAUUACGUGCCAAAGAAUUAUUUGAAUUAUAUAUACUAGAGACUAGUGACAAUAAGAAAGAUAUCAAAGUCUGGUAUGAGUACAUACGAUUACUUGAGCGUUUAAAUUGGUUUGCGAUCGAUAGAGAGAAAGCACUUGCUACAAAAAUUUCGAGUAUCAGAAAUGCAUAUUUGGAAGGUGUCAAAUUCAUAGAAUCAAUAUCUAAUCGAAAAGCAUUCAUCAAAUCAUGGAUUCUAUUUGAAAAAUGUAAUUGUGAUUCAUUAGAUACAGUUUUCAUGGCAGAAAAAAAAUUUGAGAAUCUUAACAUGGAAGAGGCCCAAACCAAAAAAGAGAAGAAGGAAGCGAAACGAAAGGAAAAGGCUGAAUCCAAUAAAAAGGAGAAGGCACAACAAGAAAAGCAAGAGCCAAACACAGGAGAAUCGCAAAAAGAAGCAACCAAAGAAAAAGCAGAGAAACCAAAGAAAUCAAAGAAAGAGAAGGAAAAAGAGGAACCAAAAACUAAAAAAGUUAAACUGGAAGAAAACAUCAAUGAAUCGGGAACUGCAUCCUCAUUAGCAAAAUCUGAAGAAGCAACUAAGGAAAGCAAGACACACAAAAGCCACAAUGUAGUACUUUGGAAUUUACCCUACAAGAUGAAAGAAGACGACCUGCGUACACUUUUCCAAAAUGAAUCGUUUGAGACCAAACGUGUUACUCUGGUGAAAAAACAAAAUGGAUCCUCGAAGGGAAUGGCUUUCGUUGAAAUGCCCGAUGAUGUUUCACUACAAAAUGCCAUUCAAAAGUUUAAUGGAUACAAGGUUGACGAAGAAGGGCAUGCACUUCAUGCCUCAGAAGCAGAUCCAAAUAAGAUGAAAAGAAUUUUGCACAACCAGAAACAGCUUGAAAAGCACAAAGGAGAACGGACUCAACCAAAAUUCAAGCCAAGCGCAGAAAGGCAAACAUCCUUCUUUGCUGCCUCCUCACAACCCCAACCUGUUUCAAGCGCACCAACGAAAAAACCUGUGUUCAAACCUAGAAAUGUCAAGUCAGCGUCACAUACUUCAAAACCAACAAGUUCUUCCACUCAACAACCCACAACUGCUUUAGCAUCUGGUGCCUCAUCAAGCAAUGCUGUUGUUCCAAAAGUUGGUGGAUUAAGCAACGAAGAUUUUAAGCGUUUCUUGCGCCCAAGUGAAACCCAAAAAUGA